AUGGCCCUGGAGGGGCGGCUGCUGCGGGCGGCGGGGGGCUUCGGGCGGCGGUCGCGGCUGCUGGCGGCGGGCUGGGGCCUGGCGGCGGGGGGUCUGGGGCUGGGGCUGGCGGCGGGGCUGCUGCUGGCCGCCACGCCGCCCCACCGCUGCCGGCCCGACCCGGCCCUGCUGCCCGCGCCGCUGCGCCACGCCUCGGCCGGCCGCCUGCUCAACGCCUCGCUGCCGCGCCGCCCCGACGGCGCCUGGAGCCCCUGCCUGCUCUUCCGCUACCCGCCGCGCGGCGGCGCCGCCGCCCAGCCCAACGGCACCGGCCCCUGCACCCGCGGCUGGCGCUACGCCCUGCCCCACGCCGGCCUGCGCAGCACCGCCGUCACCCAGUGGGACCUCGUCUGCUCCAACCACUGGAAAGUGCUGCUGGAGCAGACCACCUACCUCCUGGGCUGGAUCCUCGGCUACCUGUGCUUUGGGUCCGCUUGUGACAGGUUGGGUCGUCGGGCAGCUUUCGUCUUCCCGUGGAUGCUGUCCAUCCCUCUGGGCGUUGCCGUGGCACUGGCAGUGAACUACGUCAUGCUGGCACUCCUGCGGCUGUUCUUUGGGGCGAUGCUGGCUGGCACCUUCCUAUCUCUCUAUGUGGCGAGGCUGGAGCUGUGCGACCCUCCCCACCGGCUGAUCGUCACCAUGGGGGCCGGUUUUUGUUGGGUGUCCGGGGAGCUGCUCUUGCCAGGGCUGGCCGUGGCCUGCCAAGACUGGCGGAUCCUGCAGGGGGCGAUAACCCUGGUGCUGGCACUGCUGGCCCUCUGCUGGUGGUGCCCUUCUCUCUUCCCUGAGUCGGCCCGCUGGCUCCUGGCCACCCGCCAGCUGGAGGAAGGCCGGAGGAUUCUGCGCAGCCUCGCAGAGGGCAAUGGCGUGCAUCUGGAGGAGGACUUCUACACCCCAGAGCACCUCUUUGCCGAGCCACAGAGUCUGUCCGAGGAGCUGCCCCAGCCCCGGUACCACAACCUCUGUGAGAUCUUCUGCACCCGCAUCAUCUGGAAGAACUGCCUCAUCCUCGGCUUCACGGCCUUCAUUGGGAGCGGUAUCCGCCACUGCUUCACCCGCAACCUGGCUCCCUACCCACAGCACUUCUAUUUCCCCUACUUCUUGCUGGCUGGGGGGGAGGCCGUGGCCCUCCUCUUCCUCUGCCUCACCGUGGACCAUUUUGGGCGCCGGCCCGUCCUCCUGCUGACCACCAUCCUGAUGGGCAUUUCCUCACUCGUCCUGCUGGCCCUGAGCCAAUACCUGAUGGCCUGGCUCAUCCUGGCACUCUCCGUCCUGGGCAUUCUCACAUCGCAAGCCGUCACUGCCCUCAGCAUCUUCCUUGCCAGCGAAGUCCUGCCCACUGUGGUCAGGGGUGCAGGGCUGGGCCUCAUCCUGGCCGCCAGCGCGGUGGGCUUGGCUGUCACCCCCAUCAUGGACAUUCACAACAGCCGGGGCUUCUUCCUGCACCACGUGGUUUUUGCCUCCUUUGCCAUCCUGUCAGUCCUCAGCAUCAUGCUGCUCCCCGAGACCAGCGGGCGGCCUCUGCCGGACUCCCUGUGCGAAGGGGAGAACCAGCGCCGGCCCCCCCUAUUCCGCUCCAGGCGCCAGCGGGAUCAGGUGCCCCUCCUCUCGCCCCAGCCUGGGGACGGGGCCUACGACCCCGCCAGCUACGCUCGACUUGUCACGGCCACCAAGAAGAUGCUGGGGGCCCACCGCGGCUCAGACUCCCAACUCCGGAUGAAGCUGCUCCCGGAUCCCACACACCGCGACAGCGCAGCGGAGGGGAUGUAA